GCCCUGUGGCUAUUUGUUGGCAAUGCCCUUUUCUGGCGACAUUUUUCACCGCUUCGUCCAUCUCUCGUCAGAUUCCCGUUUGGUUGAGUUUGUUUGCAUCAUCGAGCAACAGCACAACGCACCAUGUGAAUUUCUCACAAUUAAUGAUCAGGUUUACGAGCGCCUCGUAUGCUUAUCAGGCCUACACCACGGUGGGUUCGGGUGACCCGCUCGGACCGGUUGGUGAUGGUUAUCUACCACCAGAUUCGGCUCGGCUCGGCGGACUUUGGCGGAUUUUGUCUGUCCUGGUCACGGGGCCACUCCUCGUCAGAUUGUGAUACUCAGCCUUGGGCGUGCCUGUGCGUGGUGUCUCGCCGCAUCAGCGCACGCCGCGUGCAACAUCCGUUCUACCGUCAUCAAGCAUGGUGCUACCACGGGACCCCACGGAGGCCCACGGAGGCCUGGCACCCCCAACGCCUCCAACGGCCCACGAGACUGCCCCCGAGACUGCCCCCGAGAUUGCCCACGUUAUGGCCAAGACCGUCACUUGCCACCACUUUGGUCUUGGCUGCGUUGGCCAGCGAGCCCGUGACUCGUAAACCGCCAGUAAAUCUCCCGCACCGCACUACCGCACUAAAUCCGCACCGCACCGUUGCUAGACCUCCCACCACCAAACCCUCCCCACCGAGCGUUCGCAGCCCGCGCCAGCCUCACUUUGCUGACUUCUCCAUAACCACCCACGCCGCUAAUCUUUCCCUCCUGGGUGACCUGCUCAAUCUCCCAGGCGCAACGCGACAUAAUCAACCCCACCAUGGGACCACCAUCACUAGCUUACUCUCGGCUUAUGGUCACGGGCGUGGAAGGGCUCGCAAUGGGUGCUAGCCUCGCCUCCUCCUCCCCACAUUAGCGUGGUCACCGUGGGCCUCUGGUAGAACCCGAUUGGCUGGAGUACUUCCAAUGGUCGGAUCGUUAUCGGUCAAUGUCUCAGCCUCCCUAAAAACGAAUCACCGACGUCAUUCUCGCAG